AUGGAAAGUUCCCAGGAUGCUCGCUCAGGGUAAGUGACACACACAAGGACUGACAACUGAUCACUUGUUCUUUUUCAGCGAUAUAUCGGGCGAAUGGUAAUCUUUUCUUUCUGGUUAUUGUCUUUGCAUCCAUGAUUAAAGAUUCGGCUUCGUUCCGUUUGUGAUUUUAUUGAUCUUUUCCUUCCAGAAGAGAAGAAAACCUUCAGUCGAUCAUUUCCAAGAUUACAGACGACACAGGCAGUAUUCCAGAUUCGGGACUGGUGAGUGAUAUUCUGUUUUAUUCACUUCGUAAUGUGUUUUGUAUCUUUACUUUCAUACAGCGUAGCUCGAAGCAUUAGCUCGUUUUGUUACUUUGGUUUGAUCCGCCUAUUAUAUUUUGAUUCAACGCGUUUGCUUCAUUUGUCAAAGCACGGCCGGGCUGUUUUCUUUGACUGGUGUAACUUGUUACGGUUGUGGUCCUUACGAAAAAAAUUGGCAAGAUAAGGUCUAUGCUUCUUUAAGUAAAAUCGGUAUAAAGAAUCAUAUCCCGGUUGUCAGUUGUAAAGCUCAGUCAAAAACUUAAAUAGAUUCCACAGAAUCCCCGCAACAAAGUCUUUCUGUUGUAUUGCGUGACAUUGAACCCAGGAAUCCAGAGGCAGUAGCCUACGUGUAGCCGCACCCUUCCGACAAAGGAAAAACGGCGAGAGGGAGCGCCGUAGCUAACCAUUUGACUGAAAAAUGUGGAUAGGUGCCCACUGACGAAAUGCUGUUCACAGAAAUUUCGUUUGCAUUGUUGUAGUUUAUUUUAAAAAAAGACACCAAUAUGUGCAAAUAAUUAUUGGCUAAUUCCUAAGUCUCUAGGUAUACUUUUCGCCUCCCAAAAUUAGAAAAAUUCUAAGACCAGUCAGGCCUCUAUUACUGGACCCCCUAAGGAGGAGUGUUGAAUGGUAAAACCCAUGUCUCACCGAGAUGCUGAGACCCUUGCUUCAAAAUCUGAGCUCAAGACUUAAAUAGGCCUUUUGCGUUAGUUGAUCAUGUGACCAACUUUUUGUAAACACGAAAACAGUUCACUUUUGUAAAAUUUUCUCAACAUGAGCUUAAAGAGCAUAUUUAAAUUAAGUUAUCGGUAAAUUUUCAGGCGUAUAAUUAUCUCAAAAGUAGCGUGACACGUCCCUACCCAGAUCUAGGGACUGGUUCUGAUUGGUUAUAUCGUGUGGGAAAUUCGCUUCAACCAGUCAAAAGCAUUAAGUUACAUGUACCAGGUUUAGGCAAUCAAAAGGCAGGAAAUUAGACAACUACAAGUACAAAGUUCUUGUCAGGGCAGGAAAUAGAAUUUUAUAUGCACUUCCCCGGCCAGUGGGCAAGUAAAUUUCAGUUUUCACUUGCCGACAGUUAAAAAUAUUUACCUGCUAGAAGGGAAUACCAUGUCUUAUCCAUCUAUUGUUCUAACAGGAGCAAGCAGUCGCUCACUUGCAGUCUACAGUUUUGAAAACGUUUCUGUCUGGAAAUUACCCUUUACCAAGCUGAUACAUAUACUUUCAGACUGACUCACAAGACCACUGAGGCCAAUUUCACUUGUCCAGCGGGCCACAAGACCUACUUUUUUAACUUGCCCAAGGUCAAAAUUUACUUGGCACGGGUAAUCAGAGUUCAGUUUUUUUUCCUGCCCUGCUGGUGCAAGUUCCAGAUCUCUUUAUUUGCUUCCUAUAAUAAUAUAUUUUAGUGUCAAUAUAUUAAGCUUAACAGUUGGCUAAUUGGGGACAACAUUAGCUACAUGUAGGAAAGUAGCCGGGUCAUGCUUAUGGUAGCUGAGAAAAACCCCUGGCCAUUCACCCUAAGUGACAGCCCUGCAUCAUGUACACAUUGGUGUGUUUUUCUUUGCUGUAAGUUGUUUAUGUCCCACUUUCAUGAUUACAAGUAUUUGCCUUAGUUGAACACCCUCAACAACCCUUCAAGCCCCAUUAAUGUCCACGUACAUAUUUGCUUGACUGGUCUUCAUUUUUCGUAAAGAAUUACAUGUAGUUGAGAGAAUUUGAUAAAACAUGGUUUGCACGGGCCUUGAAAAGUCCUUGAAAAUUUAAAAAUUGUGGGAUAUCCUUGAAAAGUCUAUGAAUUUUCCACAGAAGUCCUUGAAUGUUUUGAAAGCUCGUUGAAUUAUAACCUUCGUUAAAAAUAGAAUGUUUUGCGCAAAGGAAUGAUUGAAAGUACAGCAAUACACAAAUUUUCUUGGUGAUCAUGAAAGUGUUUUCUUAUGAUUUCGGUGUUGCCGGCAUAGUUCAUUUUCCAUUAUUUGAAGUAUAUUGCAAUAAGCGAACCCCCCUCCACCUAAGCAUUUUAAAGGUCUUUACUUCAUGUUCCUGUGGAAAUAAAGUCCUUGAAAAAAUAAUUUGAGUCCUUGAAAAGCGCUUGAUUUUUCCCAAAAAAUUCUGUAUGGACCAUGUAAAAGAUCAAAGCUUUUUUUCUCUGGUGAUUACUUUCUUACUUCUCAUGACCUUUUCCAUUGAUGAUGUAGGGUAUCGAUCUCGUUUGGAGAAAAUUGAUGUUGAGCACUCUUGGGAUUUAAAAGGAUACAUACUGACCAGUACAAGGAUAUUGUGAUUUUGUGAUUUUUAACUGUGGAAAUAAUCAUUGUAUCUCCAUGUUACAAUGUACAUGUAAGUAGUAUUAAUUUUUACUCAAGUAACACUUGAUAACUUUGCCUCCCUAGGAUGAAAGUGACUUUUUACUUGUUGCAACAGAGCAUGGCAGUUUCAAAAGGUAAAAAUACAUUAAAGUUUUUUGGAAAUAGCUGGACACAAUUGUCCAGUAAUAAGGUCAAAUAAAAUUAUUGCAAGAUCAGCUUUCACUGCUAUUAGCCUGUAGGGUCAAAAUUUGUGUCUGCUGCUCAAAUUUAAUGUACUCUACUUGAAGCUCUCCUAACUUUUUAAACAGAAAAUAUUGCUGUAACAUCUGCUCGAAAAAUUUAAUUUGUGGCUGAUGUUUCUUUAGUUACAGCAUGCUGUAUCAAAAAAUGUAUGUUGAAGUUAAUUUUUUUAUGUCACAAAAUUUUUGUUUUUCUUUUGUUUUGGAGUAUGAUAAUGUACUGUAUGCUAAUGAAGUUGAAACAAAGGAAAAACAAAAAUUACUUAACAUAAAAAAUGAACUGCAACAUAUGUACAUGAGUAGAACAUACAGGAAAAUAUGAAGCCUGCAAAGCAGGCAUAUUUUGCUGUGUGAUCAAUUUGGACGUUCGACUGACUAGAGUUGGGGCGAGUCAAAACAUCAUUCCAAGGGAGAGGUUGACGCAUCAAAAUAGGGAAGGGCCCGCCCUUCCUGCUUGCCUGCCCCCUCUCCAUGUACCUUUGAGUCCCACUUUAAAAAAAAUACCUGCUCUGCAGGCUAGAAAAUGUGCACAUAGGGCAAAUUAAUUAACAAUUAAUGAAUGAGGCUUAGUAUUUUAUAAAAAAUUACGGAAAUCGAGGAGGGUGUGAGAUCUCCAUAAUUCUUCAUAUGAUACGAAAGCCGAAUUCAAUAAUUGUUUUAUUAUCUAUUCAAAAUAAUUCCUAGUUAAAAGACAAAGCUAAAACAUGCUUACCUCCAUUGAUGUUAAGUUCACCUUCAAUAGUGCACGUUUAGGGUUGUUCAGCUCCGCAAAUAUUCUCCAAAUACCAUAUGUUGCCCUUCGAGUUGUGUCCUUGCUGUUCUUGCCAUGUUUUUAGCUAUAGUUUUGCCUAGUUCUUACUCUUGAAAAGAGUGAAAUGCCCGCCAUCUUUUGUUUUCACGACCAAAUGAUGACCAUGGAAUUAUGGAGAUUGAGGAGGGUGUUAUCCGUCGAGGCCUUAGACCGUAAUUGUUUUAUUAUUCAUUCAAAAUAAUUCCUUGCUUAAAAACAUAGCUAAAACAUGCUUACCUCUAUCGAUGUUAAGUUCAUCUUCGAUAGACUCAUAGUGCAUGUAUAGGGUUGUUCUACUCCGCAAAUAUUUUCCAAAUAGCAGAUGUCAUCCUUUAAGUGGACUUCUUACUGUUCUUGCCAUGUUUUUAGCUAUUAUUUAGCCUAGUUCUUACUCUUGAAAUGAGUGAAAUGUCCACCAUUUUUGUUUUCACAACCAAAACAACUCAACCUCGUUCCCAGGUCUUCUUGGUUAACUGUGCAUUAACCUGCAAGAAAGCUGCAUUUUUGACGUCAUGGGUUGAUUAAUCGCUAAAUUCUUCCAAAUUUGGUCAUCAGGAGCUGGUUGUGGUGAAUUAUGCAUGUGCCAAUCAGAAUCAGGGAAAUAUUUUGAAUGAAUAAUAAUAAGUUAUAAUUAUCAAUAAAUUUAUACACUGUCACCUACAGUGUACAAGUGUGCGUAGAUACAUGUAUAAAAUUUUGUAUGUUUAUUAUUUUCAACUUUUCAGAAAAACCGAACAAGAUGACAGCGAUGAAGUCAGGAAAAUUCCAAAGGAAGACCUUGGAUCUGAUGUCAAAUUCAUCAGUGAUGAAAUCAAGCAAGAUAUUGACUCAAUGCCAGUGCAGAUAUUUCAUGACCUGCCUGGUGAGGGGCCCUUUCCAAUAGCCUCACCUGCACGAGGAGAUGUUCUCAUUCAUGACCAGACACAGCCUGUUUUUCAACCUCUGGCCAUAGAGGAUCCUCACAAUGAAGUAAUACAUGCACUGGAAGGUAUCUACAGCUGUACAUUGUUCAAAUUACUUUCAUACUGUUGAUACCCCAUCAGCCCAUGAUCAUCUGCCUCUCAAAAGCGACAACACAUCCAGGAUACCUAAAUCAGUUAUCUGCCCAAUAUACUGUGAUAUACAUGUCAUAUUAUUAACAUUCAUGCCCUGAUAUCAACUUACAUAUUCACAUCACUGUUUUCCAUACAUUUCAUGUUGUACUAAUGAGGAGAAUUUCUUGCUGACUUUUUUUACUGGGUGAUCAUUUCUUUGUUAUCACGACCUUCAUGUUUUGAUUGAGUAGUCAUAUACAGUUGUAUGUUGAGGACAUAGGUCUCCAUUAGCAGUAAAAAGGGCUACCAGCAAUCUAAAGAAGUUAGCACAUCUCUUACAAUAUUCCGUAGCCUCCCAUGAAGACCUCCUUAGGGCCUCAUCAGAUAUCCCUGGCAUGAGAGCCACAAGAACGUCUGCACGCGAGGCUACUGAAAGUUACAUGUAUUCCCCUUUUUACUGCGCAUGGAAUAAUUAUGUAAGGAGGGGUAGUUGGCUUGCCAGAGGUUCAAAUUAAUGAAUUACAAUGUACUGGGAAGACUUUCGGUUUUGCUAAACACGUUGCCACCAAAGCUGCAUGUACAUGUAGAACAGAACAAACAAAUUAAUUAUUAAUUUUGUUCCUUUUUCUGAUUCUCAUUUCAGAUUCACUAGACAAUGUACAAGUGAGUGCCAAUAGCCCGAUCCCAAUGCCACAGGUGGCUCUGGGAUUGAUCCCAAAUAAGGAUGUGGUGCUGCCAGAACAAGUGUCUGCUGAACAAGUCACCUUACAGUUUCAGAAAAAACUUGAGGACCUUGAACAACAGGUUCAACAUUUUUAUUAUUUUUAAAGUCAGUUUUGUUAGUACAAAGAAAAAAAUUGUGUCGCCUUUGGAACUUCUUUGUAUGGUUAAUUUAGCCUUUGAUAACGGAUAUAUGUGUACAUGUACAUGAAUUCAGUGUAGUUUUCGUGUAUCUGGCCUAUAUUAUGUUAUUUGCUACUGCAAUAAUUAUGCCUUUUUAAUCGUAAAAAGUAGAGGACUGUUCUGCUGACCUUAUGUAUGUAGAGCAUCCCAUACUUCCUAUACGCUCAUAGAGUUUAUGAAACAGUAAAAAUCAACAGUGGCUUUUUCAUUUGGUACUGUUUGGGUAACAAGUUAUUGCGACCACACCCUUUUUGCAAAAGAUUUGAAUUUUUCAUGUUUUUCGUAGAGCAUUACCGUCGCUUUUGUUGCACUUGUGAUUGACCAUAGAUAAACGUGACGUCAUUUUUAAACCCGAUCAACAUCUUCUACUUAAAUACUCUCUAAUGCUUUCACAUUUUAUUUGUGGGUUUUCGCCGCGCAAUUUUCACGGACCAUGAAGAGUUCCUUAAAUUUUCUUAAAGAUGUGAGCCAAAUGAAAGAUGCAAGUGCGCAAGAAAUUGCAUGUUGCGUGUUCUCGUGGGAGGUAAUUUCCUGCGCGUUUGGGUGUUUCACUUGCUCCACUUUUUCUGGGAGAAAUAAGGGUUUGCUUAUUGUCUAAAAGUGUCUGUGACUGUGUGGACCUGCAAAGGGCAUACAUACAUGUAUCGCUGCAAAUGGUCAAAAUGUCAUGUAUGUGAUAUAUAUACUUGUAACUGAUGGGCGAAAUAUUGGCGAAUUUCAUCCAUUUUGUCAUUCCUGCUUUUAAGGGUACAGCUACACUGUAUGAUGGAUACUGGUUUUAAGUGUUAACUAAGGCCGGGCUUUGAACUUUUUAGAUUUCGUCUGGUGCACUACAUGACAAUAAUUUAAGUAUCCUGUUUAUUUGUCUUUUACUUCAGGUUAAGGUUCUCCAAAACCGCAAUCUAGCUUUGGAAGAGUCUUACAAGAAGCUGUCGGACCUCGUGGAAGCACAAAACCAUUUAUUAGCUAGUGGAGGACCCAUUAUUCAACGCCUUACGCCGACAACUCCUCAAGAGGUCCUCGACGAUACCACUAACCAAAAGGAACCUUCAGGGGCGUCUCCUACCUCACCCACUCCAAAAGUGCCCCAGAUAAGUGGGAAGCUUUUUCUUGGGCUCUCACAGCAAGCGUCUAAACCAGCUGUGCAAAGCUACGAAUUGCCCAGGAGAGUAUCGGCAAAAGAAGUGCUUAAUCUGUGGGAAAAUGGAUGCGAUGAGUUCCCACCGAUAAAAGAUUGGACACCUACGCAAAAACUAAAGCAACAGAGCAAGAUUUCCCGGUGGAAAAAACUCGUGGAUAUUUUCAAGGCUGAUUAUCACGGCGACAUGAAGAGCUUCGAGGAGAGUUUUUCGGAUGCGAGAGGAGAAGUUCUUCCUGUAACAACGAUACUGUCGUUGUAUGAAACGCAGCAAACGCCAGCCUUUCUCGGUAGAAGCAGAACAGAGCUUGAUGAAACUGUUUCUUCGAGCGGAGACAACAGCCAACAAGAAGCCGACGACGAAGGCAAGAAACGAGUUCGUAACUCAUUGGAUUCUGAAUCCGAAGAUGUCGAGGACGGCGAAGGUAACGCUGAUUCCAAAGUAACGGACAGUGGUGUGACUCAGCCAUCCACUGAAGUGCGUUACUAUCUUCCCAGGAAAGUCACGCCAAAGGAUAUUGUUCGCCUCUGGGAAGAGGGCUGUGAAGAAUUCCCUCCUGUCUGCCAGUGGACACGCGCGCAAAAAAUUGGUCAAGAGACUAAAAUAUUUCGGUGGCGCAAGAUCGUGGAGAUUUUUAACAAGGACUGUAACAGGAGCUGGGAUCACUUCUAUGGAAAGUAUGCGAACGAUCGCGGUCAUCUCAUGGCAAUUUCAUCGAUUAUUGCAAAGUACGACGCUGAAAACGCAACCUCUGGUCCCAUUUUCGAUAUCCCUGAAGCUCGAAGCCGCUUAAUCGCAGGGAGCAAAGAGGAAGAUAGCAGUUUAGAGAGUGAAAAAUUGUCUGCCACCAGUACAACGCCUUUGAACAGCAUUGGUGAAGUUAAGGUUGAAGAUCCUAACCCUGGGGAAGGAACCAGUCACAUUUUACCCCGAAAAGUCACCGCUAAAGACAUUAUAAAGUUGUGGGAGACAGGAUAUGGGGAUCUACCACCGCUCCAUAAGUGGACCCCGGCUCAAAAAUCUGGACAGCGCAGUAAGUUUUCACGUUGGACCAAAAUAUACGACAUCUACAAGUACCACUGUAAAGGGGACAUGAGCAUGUUUGAGUCCAAAUUUUCUGAUGAACGCGGCGAAUUGUAUCCUGUUACCACCAUCGUUGCCAUGUUUGACGCUUGCGAAUCGCCUUCCAGUCUGUCCAGUCCUUUUUCAGGUACAAUGCAAACCGGCAAGAAAGCCGGAGAAGGAUCUGAUACCGAGAUCUACCAGCUCCCGCGCAAGGUCACUGCCAAGGAAGUAGUGCAGCUGUGGGAAGAAGGCUGCGAAUUAUUCCCACCCGUAAGUAAAUGGCAGAAGAUUCACAAAGUUGGUCAUGAAACAAAACUCUUCCGCUGGAAGAAGAUCGUGGACAUCUUUCGCAAGGAUUGCGGUGGAAGCUGGGAGAAGUUUGAGGAGAGGUUUAGUAAUCCGAAAGGUGAACUAUUGCCGGUUUCCGCUAUCCUGUCCAAAUACGAUCUGGAAAACGAGCCACCAUCGUACUUGCCGAAAGGUUUCGCGUCAAGUCUAACUAGCUUUAACACGGCAGGAAAAGAUCACAUUACGCGAGUGGAAGAGUCGCUCACCGCUGUACGCUCUGAGAACGAUCAGUUAGUUGAAGAUGAAAAUAAAGAGUUUGCUAGUGAUUCGGAAAUGGUAGGAGGGGAUUCUUCGCCUCAAAAAGUGGGCGCAGAAUUUAUUCUUCCAAAGAAGGUCACCGCACUCGAUGUCAUCUACUUGUGGGAGAAUGGCAUGGGAGACAUGCCUCCACUCUGUCAAUGGACUCCUACUCAAAAAGCCAGCCAGCGUAGCAAGAUUUCGCGCUGGAAUAAAAUAGUGGAUAUUUUUAAGUACGAGUGUAACAGUGACAUUAGAAAGUUCGAAGAAAAGUACAGGGAUGAAAAAGGAGAAUUGUUACCGAUUACGAACAUUUUGAACCUUCAUGAUGCACAUGACAAGGUGCUUUAAAGCCUUUACGGACACAGCUCUUUCGCAGAUCAGCUUGGAUUGCCUGUUGCUGUUUUAACGUUGCCUCUUUUAACGUCAUAAGUGAUAAAGAAACACCCUUUUUACCAAUCAGAAGUAACGGCAGUUUAAAACUGAAGCAAGAUCUGUUUGGACAACUCGUGUAAUACUCUUUCCAUUCUGGUCAAUCAGUAGGAUUAAUCAGUUAGCAAACUUAAGCGGGAUUUUCAGCUCUUGGCACUAUUUCACUGGAAAUGCACCAGACUGAUCAUUACUCAUUGAAUGAGAGGAAUUUAGUUUCUUGGUUCGAGUAAAUUGCGGUGUUUUUUAUUUUUUCCUAAAGCCAUUACAAAGAAAAGUAUUGAUGUCUCGGGCGAGAAAAAAGCAUUUACAGUAAAUAUCUUAUUUAGUUUCCUUUAUUCCAUCUUAUUGCUAUUUUGAACAAGUCUUUCGUGUUUUCUGUCGUGCUGUGUGGAAGUUAUUUACAUGUAGAUCCGAGUAUCAAUUUUGCUUCGACCAUACUUUAUUUUUGUUAGUGUGUGAGCGUUUAGAAAUGGCGACUGGCCUGAAAGAACUCUCUUUACAAGAUUCGAUGUUACAUUCUCUGAGUAGAUUUUUCAGUACUUUUUCCUUUUGACCUAACAAAUAACAUUUGGAGUCGUAAAGAUUAAACGAGAAUCUUGCUGACUCAGCUCUUUGUGGAAUGGCAAAUCACAUUUUACUC